CUAGCCAGCAGACACCGCUCCCGCCCUGACGGUUUGGGCAGUUUCAUCUUACCCUGCUGGAAUGCUGUUCUUGCCACCUGCCCAAACACCUCUUCAGCAUGUCUCGGUGUGUCUGUAGCGAGCGGCACGUGGGAAUAGAAAGAUAAAUUGUUGUCGUCUGGAGAUAAGCAAGUCCUCGGAGAAACGAGGGGCUUAAAAAUGAUUAAAAGUGAAGGGAAAUAGUUUUCCAGGCAUCUGAAGAAGACGCAAAGGCAGCUGUCUCCUGUUUUUCCGCUCAUGCUUUGACUGAGGUCAUAGAAGUUUUUCUUCAGGAAUUUAGGACUUGCAGCACUUUCCAUUUCUCACACUUAUCAGCUAUUUUGUCUCCGUUCGCUGACUGCUUAAUGUCUCUUUUCCCACUUUUCUGGCAGGUUACCUUAUGGCUAAAGAAAAUACUCGGGGAUCAGCCCAUUCCACAGUAUGAAGUGAAUGCACGGACCAUUGAUAUCUUGUACGAGCUUGCAGAACACAGUGAAGCCAGGGAUAGGGAUGUUUCUUUGCUGAUAGAUGACAGGAAGCAGAAAGCAGCAGAAUACGAAGCAGAAGCCAACUAUCUGCAGGACCUUCUUACAGAAAGCCUGGAUUUUUCCUUAACUAGUCUGUCCAGUGAGGGCACCAGCUACCUAAAUGAGCUGGUAAACAGCGCGAUGACACUUGAAACAAAGGACACUUCUCUUGUCAGCUUCAUCUCUGCCAUCAAUGAUCUGACUUCGGAUCUGCAUGCGACAGAAUCAAAAAACAGAGAAAUGGAACUGGAAUUGACCAGCAUUAGAAAAAAACUAACUGCAGCGCUGGUGCUGGAAAAGCGGUUACAAGAGGACCUCAAGAAAACAGAGGAACAUUUGGAGGUAGAAAAAGCAAAAGCUGAGAGUCGAUCCCAGAACUUGAAGUUCCUGAAAGACAAAUCUGAGGAUUUCAAAAUCAGGAUCAAGGCUGCUGAGGAGCAGCUUUCUGCCACAGGGUUGGACCAAUCUUUGACGCAUCAGUCAUUAGUGAGCCUGUCUGAGAAACUGGCUGAAUUAGAGCAAGAAAUUGUGCCUUUGAAGAAGAAACUGGAGUCCUACCUGGAUUUAACUCCUAAUCCUUCCCUUGCACAAGUGAAGAUCGAAGAAGCAAAACGAGAACUGAAUGCCUUGGAGGCGGAGUUCUCAUCGCAGCUUGACAUGCUGACUCUUUCGAUGCCAGAGCCCAGCAAACUCCGAUUCACCUGAAGUGGCCUGCGUGGAAGAGGAUGUCCUUUCUAAUUGUCUAUUUAUUUGCACUAGUAAAACCUGUUGGACUUCUAAAUGUACUUAGGCAGGUUUCUGCCUUUCUCUCCUCACUGUUGGAUAGCACACUUGUGGUCUUUCGGCAAUCAUGCUCGGUUUUUAGGGUUCGUGUAGCGUUGUAUUUGUAAAAAUCACCCAUUUUCCCAUGAAAUAAACCCCAAACACUCUUGUUUCCUUAAACAGUUUU